AUGUCCAGCCAGUGGGAUCCCCUCACUGACAUGCCUAAUCUUGAUGGUAAAGUGGUCGUCGUGACUGGCGGGAAUGCAGGCAUUGGCUUGUCAACCGUGAAGUACCUCGCCCUUCGCGGCGCAAAGGUCUACUUUACGGCGAGAUCAAAGGACAAGGCAGACGAAACUCGCACCGUGCUGACGACCGAGAACCCGGCGAUAGAAGCCGACAACCUUCAUUGGCUUCCGCUGGACUUGGCAGACCUAAAGUCGGUCGCGUCCGCAGUCGAAGAACUGAAGAGCAAGGAGACCCAGGUGGACAUUUUGAUCAACAAUGCCGGUGUAGCUUCCAGCACGACGGAGACGACAGGGCCCGGGUGGGAAUGGCACAUGGGGGUCAACCACGUAGGGCACUUUGUCUUCACCAACGGCGUACUGCCGCUUCUCAAGGAAGCAACAAAACAAGACGGGGCCGACGUGCGCAUCAUCACACUCAGCUCCAACGUCAACUACAAAAUGCUGCCGUCCAACUACGGAUUCACCUUCGACUCUGCGUCGUUCUUGACCAAGCCCGUGCCAUACUACCCCUGGCACUGGCGCUUCCUCACGAACCGUAUCUUCGUGGUCGACAUGAUCCGUUAUUCCGUCUCCAAAGUCGCCAAUCUCCUCUUCGCCCAAGAGUUGCAGCGACUCCUGGACGAGCAAGGCCUACCUAUCCUGUCCAUCUCGGUGCACCCGGGUGGCGUGGCCAGUCCUGGUACCAAGAACAUUGGGAACUACUUCUUCUCGCUCGUUAGGUCGGUCUUCCUCACGGUCGACCAGGGCGCCAUCACGUCCGUCUUCGCAGCCACUGCCACAAAGGUUCGCGAGAACGCCGACAAGUACAAGGGUAAGUAUAUAGAGCCAUUUGGUAAGAUCGUGACGCCGAAUCCAGUCGCCAAGGACGAGAAGCAGGUGAAGGGCAUGUGGGAUCAUACCACAGUUGAGGUGAACAAAUACUUGUCGACUCUCGGACUCGCGCCCCUACAAGCAUGGUAG